AAGUGUGCCGAUAGGGUCCAUUCCCCUGCGCUGAGUGAAAGCCACGUGUAAGUUGUCAGAGUGGGGAGGAAUGUGGUGCCAGAUGGAAACAACAUAAACAGCUGGGAGAUUUCAUCCGGGAUUUCAAGCGAAGACGGGAGACUUUUGUUCUCGUAGCCCAGUCGUUCCAAAGGUGGUUUAGCUACACCUACUUCUUUGGGGAAGGAUGUUGCUUUGGAGUCGUGUGAUUUGUCCUGUUGGGCAGCUGCCUUCUGAGCACCUCUGGAGAGAUGCCAGCCAGCUGAAUUAAGCAGUGGCAGGAACAGCAUCUACCCAAGCUGAAGUUUUAAGCCCAGGCACGUGGCAUUUGCACAAGUGAUCACUGGUCGUUUCUCCCAGUGAGGGGCAGUAAGAAUGAAUGGACAUAUAUCAAACACCCCUCCCGGUGGAUAUGGAAGUUACUUUCCUCAAAUGAAUGGCUAUGGCUCUCCAACGUUUGCUCAGGCGGAGAGGGAGCAGAAUUCAAGAACAAGUGCAAAAGCUCUCUAUGAACAAAGGAAGAACUAUGCACGAGACAGUGUCAGCAGCAUAUCUGAAACGUCACAGUAUCACGUAGAGCACUUGACCACCUUUGUUCUGGACCGAAAAGAGGCAAUGAUUACAGUAGAUGAUGGAAUAAGGAAGCUGAAAUUGUUGGAUGCCAAAGGCAAAGUGUGGACUCAAGACAUGAUUCUUCAAGUGGAUGACAAAGCUGUCAGUUUGGUGGACUUGGAAUCAAAGAAUGAACUGGAGAAUUUUCCUUUAAGCACAAUUCAGCAUUGCCAAGCUGUGAUGAAUGCAUGCAACUACAAUUCAAUUCUUGCAUUAAUAUGUAAAGAACCAACCCAAAACAAGCCUGAUUUGCAUCUUUUCCAGUGUGAUGAAAUUAAGGCUACCUUUAUUCAUGAAGAUAUUGAAAGUGCAAUCAGUGACAGCAAAAGUGGGAAACAAAAGAAGAGGCUUGAAACACUGAGAAUGAUAUCCAAAGCUGACAGUGCCAUCCCACCGCCCCCACGGGCCCCUGCCCCCGUGCCCCCCGGGACCAUCACCCAGGUGGACGUGCGGAGCCGCGUGGCAGCGUGGUCGGCGUGGGCCUCGGAGCAGGGGGACUAUGAAAAGCACAGACAAUACCAUGAGCAGGAAGAAACUGCAGAGAUGAUAGCAGCCAGGAUUGACAGAGAUGUUCAAAUUCUGAACCAUAUUUUGGAUGACAUAGAGUAUUUUGUUACCAAACUGCAAAAAGCUGCUGAAGCAUUUGCUGAACUUUCAAAGAGGAAGAAAACUAAGAAAAGUAAAAAGAAAGGACCUGGAGAGGGUGUUCUUACUCUCCGUGCAAAGCCACCACCUCCAGAUGAAUUUGUUGACUGCUUCCAAAAAUUCAAGCAUGGCUUCAACCUUCUGGCCAAGUUGAAGUUCCAUAUCCAAAAUCCUAGUGCAGCUGAUCUGGUUCAUUUUCUCUUUACCCCAUUACAUAUGGUGGUGCAGACAACAGGAGGUCCAGAGCUUGCUGGCACUGUGCUCAGCCCCCUCCUGACAAAAGACACCAUAGACUUCCUGCGAUACACGGUCACCAGCGAGGAGGGACAGCUGUGGAUGUCCCUGGGUGAUUCAUGGACCAAAGCCAGAGCUGAAUGGCCAAAGGACCAUUUUAUUCCCCCUUAUGUUCCCCGUUUCCGAAAUGGUUGGGAGCCUCCUUUGCUGAACUUCAUGGGAGCUCCAAAGGAGCAAGAGCUCAACCACUUGGCUGAGUCUGUGGCAAACGUUGCAGAGCAACAGCGGAAGCAAGAGAUGAAAAGACUGUCAAGUGAGCCUCCCGGCGUUCCCGACUACCCCCCGGCGGAUGGGUACGCAUUCAGUAACACAGUGUACAAGAGAGGGCCUCUGCUGGACCAGGGGGCAGCUGUGGCUGCCUUUAAGCAAACUGUUAGCCGGCAUGUAGAUAGAAACUAUGAAGCACACAAUAAAGCACAGAGCAAGAAGUACGCCAAAUGCAAGUAUGAAUUCGUGGCAAGAAACAACAGUGAGCUUUCUGUCAUGAAAGAAGAGAUUGUAGAGAUUCUCGAUGACAGAAAGCAGUGGUGGAAGGUUCAGAACAAAAGUGGCAGCACAGGCUUUGUGCCAAACAACAUUUUGGACCCUCUGAGGAAUGCAGAAGGCGGUCAGGGAUGGCCGGAGCCUGCCUAUACCCGCACCAUCCAGAAACAAAGGACAGACUAUGGACCGAAACAGCCCGAUCCAGUUCCUGCUACGCCCUCGCCGCCUCCCACACCCGCUCCUGUCCCCGUGGCUGUCCCCCUGCCUCCCAGUGCCCCAGCACCCAUCCCAGUCCCUGUGCCCAAGGCGCCAGCAGCUGUCAGCCGCCAAAGCAGCACCUCCAGCGACAGCGGCGGCAGCGUCGCCCGGGACACCCAACGGCAGAAGCAAAUUCCUGUGGAUCGCAGGAAAUCCCAGAUGGAGGAGGUGCAGGAUGAACUUGUUCACCGGCUCACCAUCGGCCGGAGCGCUGCCCAGAGGAAAUUCCACGUGCCACGGCCAAACAUCCCGGUAGUGAACAUCACUUACGACUCCUCUCCUGAGGAUGUGAAAGCCUGGUUGCAGUCCAAAGGAUUCAACUCUGUGACUGUGAACAGCCUUGGUGUGCUGACGGGGGCUCAGCUUUUCUCCCUCAAUAAAGAGGAACUGAGGACUGUUUGCCCAGAAGGCUCGAGAGUCUACAGCCAAAUUACAGUACAGAAAUCUGCCUUGGAGGCGAACAGUGGUAGUUCAGAACUGCAAGAAAUUAUGAGAAGACGGCAAGAAAAAAUCAGUGCAGCUGCCACAGAUUCAGGUGUGGAGUCCUUUGAUGAAGGAAGCAGCCACUAAGUGUGUUUCCCCUUUUCUUUAAUCCCAUUGUCCAUAGCAUUAAACCAUCCAGCUUUGCUUUAGGGAGCAGUGAAGGGGAAUGUCUUAUUGUAUUGUAAACGUAAACUAGCCAACAUAAAGAAAAUUUACAGUAGUCUCCACAGAAGUACCUGCUGCUGGCUUCUCAUCGUGAAAAAUGAACAGGUAAGAAACACGGUGGAGCUUCCUGACAGGUGAAAAUACUGGUCCAUGAUUCAUUUACACCCAAAGAUGAGUGUUGGCUUUAUGGAAUUAGCAUGACAGAUAAAUUGGGGCACAUCUUUGUUGGUGAUUCAUCUGAGGGAAGCUGAGCCAGCAAUAAAAAAGCAUUUGAACCCUUCAGUAAUAAUAUUCUGAAUCCCAUCUCUUGCUGUAGUGUGCAUUUAUGUCUUUUUGGCUCAGUCUUUCUUGUCAGGCAUUUGGCUCCAGGAUGUUUACUUAAGUUGUCGACUCCAGGAAAUGUAGAGGAAAUGUUUAGGGAAUGAAGAGCAGCCCAGCAUAGACUGAAUCUUUCUUGCAUCACUCCCAAGAUGUUUUAUUACUAAUGAUGCUGUUUAUAGCAAAGUAAUACUCUGUACAUUGAUUUUAUCCAUAUUUCACCUGUGAUGAACUAUAAUAUUGCACAAGGAGGAGUAACUAGAAAUUAGUAACACAGCCCAGCUCAAAGAGGUGAUGAGAUCUGCUGUAGCCAUGCAACAACUCACAGUACAUUUUUUUUUAAUAAAAUUGCAUUUUUUUGUCUGUAACUUAACCCAUGAAAAGGAACAGUGUAUAAUCUAGACUUCUCUGUGUGUUGAUCCCAGAUACCAGUUUUUCCUUAUGUAAAAAGCCUUUGUAAUUUCCUUUAUAAAUGUAAUCUUUUGGAAAAGUGGAGGCAAAACAGGGGGAAAAAGAAAAGAGAAACAUCUCUUCCAGAAAAUGUUAUUUUUGAAGAUGCAAUGAUUUUUGUCACAAAAUGUUGUUUCACAUGGUCAUGUGAUUUUAUAUAUAAUAUAUGUAUUAUAUAUAAUAUAUAAUAUCACUUAAUUUAGACAAAUUUAAUCAUCUAGUUUGAUUAAGUUUCAUAGUGCCUUUUUCACAUGAAUCAGCUUAAAGUCUGCAAUAAACAGUAUUUCUUGUCUGUUAAAUUGUUGUAUCUUUGUGGCUACGAAGACAGUAUUGAAGUAAGAAAGCAAUCUUGAUUUUUGCCAUUAGUUUGCUUUUCCUCUGCAUACAAGGGAAAAAAAAAUCUAUUCAUUUUUCACAAAUGAAAAACUAAAAUCUUAAUAAAGGUGUUAGUGCCAUUUAUUGUAAA